UAUAAACACUGCUCGCCCCAUCACCAAACUUGGCCUCUUCCUUUCAUCUUCUGCAUGUCUAUCCCAUACGAGCAACAAACAUGAAGAACUUCUCUUUUGGAGUUGGUUGUUUACUGCUAGUUUCCAUUUUCAUGCUGCUUUGUUUAUUCACCGAAACCCUCCUUGUGCCCCUUCAUCUUCACCAUGCAAACAACCAUGGGAAAGCUCCAACAUUGGGAGAUGAAGUAGUACAAGUGAACACUGAGGAAGGGAGAGGGAUGGAGAUGUACACAACAGGGUCGAGCUUGCCUGACUGUACACACGCCUGUGGGGCAUGUUUUCCUUGUAAGAGGGUGAUGGUGAGCUUCAAGUGCUCCAUGACUGAGUCUUGUCCCAUUGUUUAUAAGUGCAUGUGUAAAGGCAAAUACUACCAUGUUCCUUCCAAAUGAUAUUUAUUUGCACCUCUUAUCCCUGCAAUUUAGUUAGUAAUAUUGAAGAGACUGGAUUGAAAGAUUAGUGUUUAUGAGAAUGCUUGUAAAUAGUAGAAUUUAUUUGCAUUUUUGGUACUCGUAUUAGAAUUUAGUUGGUGUUUUUUUUCAGUUAGUAGAAUGUGAAAUUUCAAAAUGUUUUAGCAA